AUGGCGGAUCAAGAAAGCGGUACUUCCACUCCGCGGUCCUUCACGGGCCAGACUGCUUCCGCGGAGGAUAUGCUCAAGUCGCAAACCGUCGGUCUUGUGCAUCUGUCUGACUUUCGCAAACGUCGCGCCGAGGUCCUUGAGCAGAAAGAGCGCGAAGCGCAUGAUAAGUCCCUUGGGCGACUAGCAUCUGGUAAUUCAAGAAGCGCAACUCCAUCUGCAGGCGAUGUGACUGACGGAUCGUCAACAAAUCGAAGCGACGCUCCUCCUAAAAAAAAGAAGAAGAAGCCUCUUUCAAAGAGUAAGCUCUCUUUUGGCGACGAUGAGAAUGAAACGGGCGAGGAUUCUGCGGCUACUCCGCGCGACUCGAGUAUAUCCCGGUCUGGCUCGAAAACACCCAUUGAGGAGGGCGCAACAUCUGGAGCUGUUCGAAUGAAGGCCAAUCCUAAUGCGCCGCCUCCUCCGAAAGCUCUGACCAAGGCCGCCCUGGAAGAACAAGCGCAGGCUCGUGAUACACUUCGCAAGGAAUUCUUGGCCAUGCAAGAAGCUGUCAAGAACACGGAAAUCUUGAUACCAUUUGUGUUCUUCGAUGGCACAAGUAUACCAGCUGGAUCAGUCAAGGUCAAGAAAGGAGAUCAUGUGUGGCUAUUUUUGGAUCGGUGUCGCAAGGUUGGUGCAGAGUUGGGAGUCCGUGGUGCGAAUGGAGCUUCCAAAGCACGGAAGGAUACCCGUCGAGAAUGGGCGCGCGUCAGUGUGGAUGACUUGAUGCUCGUCAAAGGCAAUAUUAUUGUUCCUCAUCAUUAUGAGUUCUAUCACUUUAUCGCCAACCGAGUUCCAAGCUUCUCCAAGACAGGAGGAUUACUUUUCGACUAUACUAAUAAACCUCCUCCGGAGCGCUCAAAUGACGAAUCCUUGUACCGCCCAAAUGACCAUCCAUUGGAGGGUGCAGACAAGGACUCGGCGGAAACUAAAGUAGUAGACCGCCGUUGGUAUGAAAAGAACAAGCACAUUUACCCGGCCAGUCUUUGGAACGAGUAUGAGCCUGGCAAGGAAUUCGAGGAAAAGAUGAGCUCAACGCGGCGUGAUGCACAAGGAAAUACAUUCUUCUUUUAG